AUGUUAAGUUCCAGUGACCAGAAACUUGCUCACAUAGCUCUCCUCCCAAGUGCAGGCAUGGGUCAUCUCACACCCUUCUUUAGGCUUGCUGCUUUACUCGCAGGCAAUAAUAUCAAAGUAACAUUCAUCACUCCUAGUCCAACAGUCUCCUUGGCUGAGUCACAGACCUUAUUUCGCUUCUUCGCUUCCUUUCCGGAAAUCAAUCAAAAGCAGUUUCAUCUCCUUCCUCUUGACAAGCAUCCCUCCAACUCAGAAGACCCUUUCUAUUACCAUAUGGAACGAAUUUGUCAAUCCUCUCACCUUCUUUCUUCCCUGCUUUCUUCACUAUCUCCACCUCUCUCUGCUCUUAUCACAGACAUGAGCUUGGCCUCUCCUGCUAUUUCAAUCACUCAAGCUCUUAAUCUUCCUAAUUAUGUUUUCUUCACAUCAUCUGCUAAAAUGUCAACACUCUUUAUGUCCUUCCAUGCCUUGAUCGAUUCAGAAGCCACAACUGAUUUAGAUGAGAUUGAAGCCAUCAAAAUUCCUGGACUAGAAGCGAUACCCAGAUCAUGGAUUCCCCCGCCACUUUUACAGAACACGAAUAAUCUCCUUAAAACCUAUUUCUUGGAGAAUGGCAAGAAAAUGGCAGAAUCAAGUGGGAUUCUUGUCAAUACAUUUGAGAGUAUUGAGCACGAACCACUCAGAAAGCUAAAUGAAGGAAAAGUAAUAGAAGGGUUGCCACCAGUUAUUGCCAUUGGACCACUUGCACCUUGUGAAUUUGAAAAGAUCCAACCAUUACCAUGGCUUGAUGAACAACCGGCGGGGUCUGUGGUGUAUGUCAGCUUUGGUAGUAGGACUGCUAUGUCAAGAGAGCAACUCAAAGAGUUGGGUGAAGGGCUGGCAAUUAGUGGUCAUAGGUUUCUGUGGAUGGUAAAGGAUAAGAAAGUUGAUCGAGAGGAUGAAGAAGACUUAGGUCAGGUAAUUGGAAGUGGGUUAAUGGAGAAGUUGAAGGAAAAAGGGUUGGUGGUGAAGUACUGGCUAAACCAAGAGGCGAUACUAAGCCACCCAGCAGUUGGUGGAUUUUUGAGUCAUUGUGGUUGGAAUUCAAUAACAGAGGCUAUAUGGAAUGGAGUGCGCAUAUUAGCAUGGCCCCAACAUGGAGACCAGAAAAUCAAUGCUGAUAUUGCGGAGAAAAUUGGAUUAGGGACUUGGGAGAAGAGUUGGGGAUGGGGUGAAGAGACGGCAGUGAACGGAACAGAUAUUGCAGAAAAAAUUAAGGAGAUGAUGGGUAAUGAAUUGUUGAGACAUCAAGCAAUGCACAUCAGAGAAGAGGCUAGGACAGCUGUGGAAAUUGGAGGCAGCUCAAGGAUGGGGCCGAUGGAACUCAUCGAGACAUGGAAGAAGACCUGAAUUCGCAACUUCGUGUUUUCCACUUUAUUUUUUUUCAAACAUAGUAUUUUCUGUUUUUUUACCUUCAUAAAACGGAGCGUUUAUGGAUUAUUUUGAUUUUCUUUUCAAGUAAUUGCAGAAGUGGCCCUUUUUCUUCUUAAAUAAAAUGCCACGACAUCGUAUUUA